AUGUUUAUCAGCUCUAACCACACAAUUAAUAAAUUUGUCCUCCUGGGACUUGCCGAGAGCCCGGACGUUCAGCUCCUGCUUUUUGGGGUGUUUCUACUCAUUUAUGUGUUCACCCUAUUGGGGAACGUUGGCAUGAUGACCCUGGUUAGGACCAACCCACACUUGCACAACACCCCCAUGUACUUCUUCCUCCACCAUUUGUCCUUUACCGAUGCUUGUUACUCCACGGUCAUCAUGCCCAACAUGCUGGUGUCCUUCAUCUCGAGGAACAAAGACAUUUCCUUCGCCGGCUGCGUGGCACAACUUUACAGCUUUGUUUUCUUCGGCAUUGUGGAAUGCUACCUUUUGGCCAUAAUGGCAUACGACCGCUACACUGCUGUCUGCAGCCCACUGCGGUAUGUGGUCAUGUUGCCCAGGACGGUCUGCGUCUGGCUGGUCUCAACGUCCUACCUCCUUGGCUUUCUUUACGCAGCGAUAUACACCGGCUGCACAUUUGGGGGACCUUUCUGCAAUUCCAACGUAAUCAACCAUUUCUUCUGCGACAUCGGCCCCUUGCUGAAGCUCUCCUGCUCCGACAGGUUUCUCAGGGAGAAGGUCAUCUUUGCCUUCGUUAGCCUAAAUGGGAUUAGCACCAGCGGAAUCAUCUUGAUCUCGUACCUGUACAUCCUCUCUGCCGUUCUGAGGAAGCGCUCGGUGCAGAGCAGGUCCAAAGCCUUCAACACGUGUGCCUCCCACCUGAUGGUCAUCUCCUUGUUCUAUGGGACAGGGUUCUUCAUGUACCUGCAGCCCAGCACCACCCACAAUGGCCUAGACAAGGUGGCCGCUGUGUUUUACACGUUAGUGACCCCCCUACUGAACCCCAUCAUCUACAGCCUGAGGAACAGAGAGGUGAAAGAAGCUUUUAUGAGACACAUGAAGAGUCUUCAUCUGCGUUGA